AGUGAGCUCCGCGCCUCGCUUUGAGCGAGAGGCGCGAAAGGGAAGCGGCGCUGAGGGCGAUGGCUGCGCGGGCGGCGUCCGCCUCGCGUCUCCCGGCGGCCGUGGGGGCUCUCGGCUCUGCCUUGCCCGGGCCCCGCGUCCCCCCGGAGGCCUUCCGCCUCGCCAAGCUCGGCCGGCCCCAUGCGGUGGGUGGAAGGCGCGCGAGCGGCCUGUCUGUGAGGGCGGGCGGCCUGGCGGGAUCCCUCAGCCCCGCUCAGCCUCACGCCUUUGUUUCGCGAAACACCCCAGAAAAGCAGCAGGAACCUCGAAGCGGUUGGCAGGGGGGAAACGGGAGAAAGGUUUAAAAAAACGGAGACAUAGGCAUCGCCUCACAAAAAGUUUUAAGUGCCCCAUGGCGUUUCCGAGCGCCCGGGGCCGAAGCGAGCGCGGCAGAAGGAAGGCGCCGGCCUGUUCUCAAGAGGCAGGGAGUUCCGCAGGGUGGGCGCCACCGCGCUCCGUGGAGAAAUAGGUGGGGGUGAUUUCGAAUCCCCGCGACGGGGCGAGCUCCCGUUGCUCGGUCCCUGCUCCUACCGACCUAGCAGUUCGAAAGCACCUCAAAGUGCAAGUAGAUAAAUAGGUAGCACUCCAGCGGGAAGGUAAAUGGCGUUUCUGUGCACUGCUCUGGUACGCCAGAAGCGGCUUAGUCAUGCCGGCCACAUGACCCGGAAGCUGUACGCUGGCUCCCUUGGCCAAUAAAGCGAGAUGAGCGCCGCAACCCCAGAGUCGGCCACGACUGGACCUAAUGGUCAGGGGUCCCUUUACCUUAUGUGGCGCCUGUAGUCGGGUUGCUAUUCCCCCGGUAGAAAGGGCCCGUCCACGCCCCCCAAAGGCGAUCUCGUGGGCAAAGUGGACCCGAGUUCGUUGUUAAGAGCCUCAUAUGCGCCUUCAACUCGGACCCCCAGCAGAUUGGCAAUCAGUUGGACAUUAAUAGAAUUAAAACUUUAAUUAAAAAAAAACUAUAUAUAAAAUGUAGGUAACUUAAGCAAAAGCAGCACUGUGUAGCCCUUUAGAUGUCAGUUCAUGAAAAGGAGGAGGGCCCAGCCCAAGUGUUUGCAUAAGAGAUAUCCCCUCCUCUUAGGAAAGCUUUGCUCCUUUCAUUUGUGGCUGAGCUAGAUUGUGGGGGUGGGGGGAAGGCUUCCAGAGCUAUUAAGGCCCAUUGCUGUAAGGUUCGGCUUCAGUCCUAAGCACAUUUAUAAGGAGUGAAGUCCCACUGAAUUGGUCACAACUGCACAGUUUCUAUAGCAGAGCUUUCCAAACUGUGUAGCGACACAUUAGUGUGCCGGCUGCAGUGUGUAGGUGUGAUGUGAACGCUCCUCCCAGGGCUGGAAAAGGGUUAGCGUUAGUUUAACCAGCCUGCAAAACUGAAUUACUGUGUCACAAAAUGAUACAUGUCUACAAAGUGUGACACCAACGUGAAAAGUUUGGGAAGCUCUGUUCUAGAGCCAUCUGCAUUUGUCUUGUGAUCCUUACAUAUGGUGGUUAGGUUUGUUGGGGGGGGGGUCAACAUUGGGGGAGAUACGCAGCUCAGGCCUGCCUGGAGUGCUCCAUUCUGUGACCUGCGUGUGUUCCUUAUCAGCUAAGGUUACUCGCUCAUGAGAAUUGCAUUCUGUUGGUUUAAUGUUUUAUGAGUGGUUGGCAUCCUUAAGGAAGGCAGCCUUGCUUCCUCCCCCCACCCCACCCCCCAGUUUGUGGGGACAGCAGAGCAGAACCUGCACUCUUCAAGUUCCACUGUGGCCUCUAGGUUUUGCAACUUGUAAUCCCAAUUUCUCUUGACACGUUACUUUUUGAAAAAUGAAACCACCUAAAAUUGACUAAAAGAACUGAGUGGUUUUCAGCUUAACUUUUACUUAGAGCAGACCCAUGGAAAUGAAUGAAUAAGUUAACACCAUUGCUUUCAGUAGGUUUAAAACUGAAGUUGAAUACCACCCACUGUGGUAUUCUACUCCCCUCUGAACCAUCAGAAGGAAGCUUGGGUUUGGGUGUGGGUGUGUGUUGCGGAAGGGGGAUUAGUGGAUUUCUUUCACCCAGUUGAAUUGCAUUGUAAACAAUACAGCAAAUGUUUUAGUGCUGUUGUCCUCCUUAAACAGACUGUAGUAUUCUGGAAACUACUGUAUUCUCUUCUGAAGCAAUUCCAAGGUGGAGGAUGGAUGGAGCCUGCUGACACAGGUAGCAAAUUACUAUUAAUCUGGGAAAAUAUUAAUUUUUUGUCAAAAAUUAGUGAUAAGUGUAUGCAUAAUACAGAACUUUAUUUGUUUAAUAGAUAUUUCCAUUAAAAAAAAAAACAAAGUAGAACAGCCACAUUAGGAAAGAGACACAAUUAGUAAAACAGGAGAGUAAAAAUAUCUCCUAGCUAUAACCAAGUCUGCAAUCUCCUCAGCUGUUUCAAUGUCUUGGGAAAUUAAAGGCUUCUGGCCUGGCACCAAAAGGGCAUUCACAUAAUCAACAGAAACUCCCUCGGGGAGAGUAUUCCAUGCUUUGAAAGCAACCACUGAACUUGCUGUAGGAAGUUAGAGGGGAAGGUUGCAUUGCUGUUAUUUGCAUAGCCCACCUGCCGUGUGAAUUUGUUCUGGAGCUUUGUUCCCCCAGGACACAGUUGAUUUUAAAAUUGUGGAAAGUGACAACUGCUGCCUUAUCUGCCUUCCCUUUAUAGGAAAGCUUUUUAAUCCGCAAUGUUUUUUAUAAUGUUUUUAUGUAUGUUGGAAGGCACCCAGAGUGGCUGAGGCAACCCAGUUAUUAAAUGGGCAGAGUACUACAGUGGUACCUCAGGUUACAGACGCUUCAGGUUACAGACGCUUCAGGUUACAGACUCCACUAACCCAGAAAUAGUACCUCGGGUUAAGAAAUUUGCUUCAGGAUGAGAACAGAAAUCACACAGCAACGGCACAGCAGCAGCAGGAGGCCCCAUUAGCUAAAGUGGUGGAUCAGGUUAAGAACAGUUUCAGGUUAAGAACGGAUCUCCGGAACGAAUUAAGUACUUAACCCGAGGUACCACUGUACUAUUAAUAAUAAUCAUCACCUGCUUCCUAGGUACCCAAGUCAGAUUCGUCAGAAGUGUAGCGUUGAGCCUUGGCUACAGAAGACCAGAAUUUUAUCAGCUUCCCCCUGAUGGUUCAGAGGGAAGCAGAGAACUACUGUUGGUAUUUUCCUGGUUUCUAUGCAAAAUUAGCUUAAUGGAGCAGUUAUUGGCCCUAAAUAGAGUGAAACUUUGGGAUGAAGCAACUGUUUGCAUGGUGAGUAAUUUUUUUGUUAAUAAUUUUCAGGUAUCCUUUUUUUUUUAACUAGGAACAAGAUAUUGGAGGGUGGGGCUGGACAUGAAUGUGUAUUGCAGUUUUGUUUCUGUUGCUUGUUUCGUGAAAAUGGCAGUGCUGGUUUAAGAAAAGACUCUUAUACAGUAGAUGUGGUUUCCAAUGCAUUUUGAGGAAUAUAUUUAAUUCCUGGUUUCAGGAAUAAUCUGAUGUGUACCUUGUUGGAUACAUUACAUUUUCGUCUGCUUAGGUGAGCUGAAUUACAAAAGUGGUCUUGAUCUAUUUUUAACAAGAAGCAUUAAGUAUCAAAGCUUUCCUGAAAGACAUCAGGAAACAUAUUAGUUGUGCGCCGCAAUUCUUUUCAUUGUUGCAUUUUCUGCAACUGUUGUCAGUCUUCUCUUAGCAUCUUCUGUGAUUUUGGGGUCACGUUGUAGUGGAGCAGCUGACAGGUAUGUGUUUGUGUUCUGUCUUACUUCUGUAAUUUAUCAAACUGGGUUAUUGGUAGGAUAGAUUUGCCAACAGACUGCGAGAGUAAUGUUAAAGGAAACAGUUGUAUUCAUUGUGAACUGAUACCGGAUAAGUUAACUUCUGCAAAAAUCUAUUUUUAUUAAUAAUUAGUAUCCCACUAUUUUUUAGAAACUUUAUUCAGGACAGUCUGCCACUUAAAAAUAAAACCAAAGUAGAAUCAGUUAAAAACAUUACAGAAGAAACAUAUUUAAUUUCAAAGUCUACUUGGACUUUGUGGGAGCUGGGGCCAGGCACAUUUCCAUUUGCCAUGGAGAAGCAGGUCUGAAGAGGGGAGGCCAUGGACCAGAUCUAGAGGUAACCCACCCUUGUUUUAGAGGAAGCCCUCAUGAGGCAGUUUACAUGGGGGGGGGGGGACAUAAAAACUGUAAAAAUUAGACACCAGAGACCAAAGCUGGAGCUUGUUGUAUAGUAAUGCCUGGUUUUAAAUAUACUACUGCUGCAGUAGCCUCAGAAUUGAGUUAUUAAUAUAUCUCUUGGUUGCCUGCAAAAUGGAUUUCUUGAACUUUGCACCUUGUUCCACAACCCACUUCUGUAAGUGCUGUUUAAAUUGCCAACAGGUGGCAGCACAGUUAUAGUGGAAAGUCUUUUCAAUAGGAAAAUUGUUCCAUUGAGCAAUGUUUUACACUUGCAGCAAUGCAGAGGCAUCUUGCACUUGCUUUUUCUUGCAGAACACAUUUUCCCAGCUUGCUGGUUAUGUUAAAAAUGAUUGAAAUAUAAAUAUUUGAUGCUCCCCAAGAUAGUGUAAUUGUGCCACAAGUAUGACUCCAAUGGGGCUCUUUGAGAGUUUGCAGCAUCAUGCAGAAUCUACAGGCAAUGUGUUCUGCAACACAAUGGGGUUUGGAGUAGCUAAGAGAACAAGGGCACAGGUCCUUCCUCAGUUUACUGGCUCAUUGCACCCUCAAGAACUCAGAAUGAUUUUUAAAAGGUUUGCAAAAGAUUUAUUAGCUUUUGUGCCAGCCUUGUUCAUGUGAUCACUGUGCUGGUGGGUGAUUCAGCUGGCUUUCCCCCCCGCCCCCGCUCCUCGUCUCCCAUCUCUGCCUGAGUCCAAUAACUUAGUUGUCCUGGUUGUGGACUUUAUGGGGAGGACAUUCAUAUUUCCCGCUUCUUUAAAUGGAUUCAAAAUGCUCCCUAGCAAUAUGGCUGCUGUGAGAAUUGCUUUGCUUUGUUGCGAUCACUAUUCUCUGCCUUUUCUUCUAAGGUUUAGAAAGUUCUCUGAAUCUCCUGAAUCUUUUGUUUUUUUAUUUACUAAAAACAUUUUACUCCACUCUUGAGCAGAAAAAGGCUGCCACUUGCAAUGAUCAAGAAUAAUAAUUCAUUUUCAUUUCAUUGGUUUCUUAUAUUCUGAUUGUCUUUCCUGAGGGAAACCUAAAGUGGCUCACAGAAAACAGCAACUUGAUUAACACAAAAUAUCAGAAUGAAAGUCAGUAUAGCAGAAAAACAUAUUUGCAAAUAUAAAACAUCGGUCGUGUGAAAGCAUGAACUUACUUUCAAUAAAUCUAUUAAAGCCAGAAGAAUUAAUUCUGCAUCUGUGCACAAUGAUGAGAGCUGCCUUGCAUUCGUGGGGCUGCCUCGACCGCCUUAGCACAAGCAGGCAGGCGCUAGAGGAGUGGCAGAUUUGCCCUGUGCCUCCUGGGGCUGGGGCUCCUUCCUCUUGGCACCGGGUGCUAGAGGAGGCGGUGGCUUUGCCCACCCAGCCUCAACAGGAAGAAGCAGAAGCUGUGCGUGGUGAUGCUAAUCAUCUCCGUGGCUGUGUGAAAGCAUGCAUGUGAAAGCGGGAGGGGGGGCAUACCAACUGCUGGUUUGCACCCCCCAGAAGAGUUGCGGUGGCAGACUGUGGCUCUUUGAUCCCAAAAGCUUAGCCAUUCCUAGUCUAAAGAUAAACGUAUUGGGGGAAAGCAUUUUUUUUCAAGAUUUUGUUCCUUUCUUCCAAUUUUAGUGUGAUACACCUUUGAAAAGCCUGCAGGGUGGAGAAAGCCUGGCUCCAAAAUCUCAUGUGAAAGGCCAAAGGGAUGUCCGAUACCUGCAGUGGUUAAAUGGCUGUCUGCAGUUCCAGUGGCGAAAAUGCCACACUGAACAGCAAGAACAAUGCAAGCUCCUGAAUAAGGUAAUGAUUUGGCUUGUAGAUAUUUCAUCUUUCUGCAUUAAGGUUAAAGUAAAACUAGUUUUGGGUUGUAGAUAUAACCCAUCUAACAUUAUUUUGCUGCAGACUACACUUCGCAGAAAAAAAUGACAGCAAGCUGCCUUAUUCAAAUCCUGAGAAUUUUUCUUUCUAAUUUUGAAGACUAUGGAGAUCAAAACAGAAUGAAAAUUCAUUCAUAGUUUUAUUUAGAAAUUGACAUGCGUGCUCGUAAUCUAUUCGUCUCAAGUGUACCAAUAGUAUUAAUGUAUUGAUUAUGAGAUAGGUGGUGCGUGCAUGUAUACAGAUAGAUAUAAUUUCUAAGCCCACACCUCUCUGUUCCAGGUACAUUCAUACACAAUUGGUUCUCAUACUGAUCCAAUUAUUGGCCAUUUCUCCAUCACAGAAGCAGAUGUUGUCAGGCAACCAGAGAAUUACAAACAGGUAAUCCUUUUGUGGCAUAGUGCUAUGUUAGAAACUAUGGAGAAUUCUGUGAAUCAAUAUGUAUGCCAGAAUUGGAGGACUAGAUUUUCAGCCCUCAAGCCAUAAUCCACCAGAAACGGAAGACUUCCUAGCUCCGUGAUUCCCCAAGCGGACUGGCUGGUCUCUUGAUGUACUGGGUGCCUAGAUGCAGGCUGAUGCCGUUGGACUGUGUGAGCAUCUUGAGGCCUUCGCAAGAGAAUUGUUACAAGUGCUUGUAAUCCACCCUUCACUCAAAGGUCCCAGAGUGGGGAAUACAUAUCUGUUAAAACCAAAAGUUGAUAAUAUAAACUAAAAAACCCACAUCCGUAUCAUUAACAGUAAGCUUUAACAGUAACAGUUCGCAGUAAAAUCCCAGUAAGAAAGCUGAAAAGCAGCAAAAAUGAGGCAGAAGUACGCUCAGUCCCCAGUGCACCCUAGGCCUCCCCCAAAGCCUAGACAAAGAGGUAUGCCAUCAUCUCUCUCCAAAAGGAGAGCAGUGCCAAGCAUAACAAAGAGGAGGUCGUUGCAUAAGCACGGAGACACCACAGAGAGAAUCUUCCCAUAGACACACACACUGUGGACCUCAAUUGACAGGGGAGCAUGGAGAGCCAAUGUGUGUGUUGUGUAGGUUGCAUGCAUUCCAAAGAGCAUGGCACUCACAUAUGCCUAGAUUCAUAGGAAAUUUGAUUCUCUAUAGUAUGUACACUUAGAAAGGUCAGAUUCCAGCCUCUGACUUCCUUCAGGCACAGGAAAUAGAGCUUUGAACUCCUCCCCUUCAUGCUAAUAGAUUCCAGUAUCUUUUUCCAUAGAAUCCUUCCGAUCAUCAGCUAGUGAGGAUCUACAUCUAUUUUGCUUCUAAUUGGUGGUAUUAAGCAUUUGUUGGCUUUGACUUUGCUUUAUCUUUGUCCCUAUACCUGUCGUCCCAAGUUUUUAAGUCCUUUUUUGCUGAUUGUAGCAGUCUACUCAGGCCUUGGUGCCAGGAUUUUGUUACGUUUUGGACUUCAUAGCUUAAUUUUCACUGCUCUUUGGACACAAAACAAGGAAAACGAAAACACCAGUUAGUGCUAUCUACUACCUGAGGGUGGCUCUACAUUGGCUUGGCAGUAGAGAAAUAUCCAAGUGUUUUGGGGCUAAGGAGGGGAAAAAAAACAUUUAAAUAAUUCACAUACAGACAUGUUUUUAAGAAUCAUCCAGCUAAAGCCUAAGUGGCCUUAUGCAAAUUCAAACCAUGCCACUCUGGCAUAAGUUACUUUGUUUAUUUAAAGGAUUUUGCUUCAAUUUUCAGCUUACAAAGACCAUAGGAAAAGGCAAUCUCUGCCCUCUGGCUUACAGUCUAACAGGAAAGGGGAUGAGAAUGGAAUAGGUAAAAAGCAAAGUCAGGCACCAGUUCUUAGUUACAAGGUUCUGCAGGCCAUGUAGCACAGUGGGAGGCCUGCUUCUUCCUCUCCUUCUAGGAGCCUCAGUGGUGGCAGUCGGUAGCUGCAGGGAGCAGGGAUCUCACCUGAAAUCCAGGUGACAUACAGACAUGAUGGAAAGUACCUGGCGGCAGCUGCUACUGCUUUUCCUCUUUGGUGUCAGCAUAGCUUGGCAUAAUAGGGAGACGGGCCUUUCUCAAAACUGUAUCACACUUCAGUUAAAUUUUCUUUGAAUAAUUAUACCACAGUUGAAUGAAAAAACCAGCAUAUUAGUAUAAAAGGUAAAGAUACCCCUGACUGUUAGGUCCAUUCGCGGAUAACUCUGGGGUUGCGCGCUCAUCUCGCUCUAUAGGCCGAGGGAGCCGGCGUUUGACCGCAAACAGUUUUUCCGGGUCAUGUGGCCAGCAUGACUAAGCCGCUUCUGGCAAACCAGAGCAGCGCAUGGAAACGCUGUUUACCUUCCCGCUGGAGUGGUACCUAUUUACCUACUUGCACUUGACAUGCUUUCAAACUGCUAGGUGGGCAGGAGCUGGGACCGAACAACAGGAGCUCACCCUGUUGCGGGGAUUCGAACUGCCGACCUUCUGAUCGGCAAGCCCUAGGUUUAGACCACAGCACCACCCAUGUCCCCAUAUUAGUAUAUCUUACUGCAAAUAGCCCCUUUGCUGUAUGAUGGUGGUGAUGAUACAAAUUACUCUAGCUUCCCCUCAAAGGAUAGACCUAUUCAGUGUUUGUGUCUGCCACUAGCCAUCCUAAAAGUGUUAGUCUGCUUUUAGCGAAGCAUAUAAUUCAUUUUCACUGUGAGCUAGCAUAAAGUGAGCAAUCUGGUUCUGACAGUUAAGGUGUAUUUUUUGGGGGGGGGGGGGAGAGAAAUGACAGGACGUUUCCAAUUAAAAUACAGCUAUUUCACCAGCUGUCAGACUUCAGCACCUGCUUUUAAACGUAAAGAAAUUGCCUUUCAAAGUUUCUCUUCAGCAUAGUUUUAUCUGUGGAUAUUUCCAGUCACUGUUUUUGUAUUUAAUUUAAAACUAUCAUCCAUCCAUAUUCCAAAGGCUCAGAAUGACUUGCAACACUUUUAGUAUUAACAUAAACCGUUCAAACAGAUUUGUAUAAUAUAUCAGAAUGAUGGUCACAUCUUGAAAUAACAAGUAAUCUGGGUUGCUAAUCUGAGAGGGUUCCAGGUAAUCAGCUACUAUGUAGGGAUAGAUCAUAGAUGUUCAAGCACUUUGCCCAGAAAUGCAAGUUCUCCUUCUCUGCCAUGUAGUUUGUGUGAUCACUGAAGGCAGCCCUUUGCUUCCCUUCAUGGUGCUCCCUGGCAGGUCACUGCUGCCUCUCCUAUUCUGUUUGUUGUUCUUUAGUCCCACGACAGUUCAAGAAGGACACUGACAAACUGGAACGUGUCCAGAGGAGGGCAACCAAAAUGGUCAAAGGCCUGGAAACGAUGCCUUAUGAGGAACGGCUAAGGGAGCUGGGCAUGUUUAGCCUGGAGAAGAGGAGGUUAAGGGGUGAUAAGAGAAGCAGACACGGAGCAAUGGAUCCAAACUACAAGAAAGAAGAUUCCACCUAAACAUUAGGAAGAACUUCCUGACAGUAAGAGCUGUUUGACAGUGGAAUUUGCUGCCAAGGAGUGUGGUGGAGUCUCCUUCUUUGGAGGUCUUUAAGCAGAGGCUUGACAACCAUAUGUCAGGAGUGCUCUGAUGGUGUUUCCUGCUUGGCAGGGGGUUGGACACGAUGGCCCUUGUGGUCUCUUCCAACUCUAUGAUUCUAUGACCUGUCACUGGUCCUUUUCUUACCUGCUUCAGGUUUGCAAGGCAGUCACAAUGGACAAAAAUGCAAGCCUGAGCCAGGAGUGUCCUCAGGGAAGAUGAAUGUGCUUCAUGCUUGACCUCUUGACAGGGUAGAUGGCAGUUUCCUGGGAUUGCCAUUCAGUAGGUAAUGAGACAAAUGGGAAAACUGUCUGGCUUGCUGAGCAAAUGAUGAACAUUGUGGUGACACUUUUGCCACAUGGCCAGUUGCAAUACGCAUUCAUUCUCCUGAGAUCAUCGUGUGCAAAUCAUCCUAUUCUGAUGGUACUGUAUUGCAAUAUUUUGUAAUGUAAUGCAAUUAUUGUGCUGUAUAAAUAUUUGUAAUAAGCUCUUAUAGUGGUUUACAAUUAAGAUAACCAAACAACAACAAAUACUGUAUAUAAUAUGAGCUGAAAGCAACAAUGCAGCAAUCAAAACAAACAAGGCUGAGCCAUUGUUAAUUCUCAAAGGCCAACUGAAGCAACAACAUUUUUACUUGUCUGAAAGAAAAGGUUCUCUACAAAUGAAAUUCCAUUUAUUUAAAGCAUUUUUACCAUCCUCUUCAAACUAAAAAAAGGCCCCCAGAAUUCAUAGAAUCAUAGAGUUGGAAGAGACCACAAGGGCCAUCGAGUCCAACCCCCUGCCAAGCAGGAAACACCAUCAGAGCACUCCUGACAUAUGGUUGUCAAGCCUCUGCUUAAAGACCUCCAAAGAAGGAGACUCCACCACACUCCUUGGCAGCAAAUUCCACUGUCAAACAGCUCUUACUGUCAGGAAGUUCUUCCUAAUGUUUAGGUGGAAUCUUCUUUCUUGUAGUUUGGAUCCAUUGCUCCGUGUCCGCUUCUCUGGAGCAGCAGAAAACAACCUUUCUCCCUCCUCUAUGUGACAUCCUUUUAUAUAUUUGAACAUGGCUAUCAUAUCACCCCCUAACCUCCUCUUCUCCAGGCUAAACAUGCCCAGCUCCCUUAGCCGUUCCUCAUAAGGCAUCGUUUCCAGGCCUUUGACCAUUUUGGUUGCCCUCCUCUGGACACGUUCCAGUUUGUCAGUGUCCUUCUUGAACUGUGGUGCCCAGAAUUACUAGUAGUGGAGAUACUAGUAAUAAAACCAUCUCUCCCCUCUGGCUCAGAGAUUGAAACAAAAGAAGACUCAAAAGGUAAAGGGAUUGGAUGUUCUUUCAAGAAAUAGCCUGUCAUCCUGAGCUUCCUUGAAGUGACUGUGGUUUAGGGUGUGGCCUUGCUUGAAUCUGCCGGUAAUCUCAUUGCACAUGCUGCAGCAGUAAAGGUUCAGGGGAGUCCAAGUGACACACCUGCAUGCCAGGGCAGAGGGUCCUGCUGUUCUUCCUCACAUUGGUUCCAAUUGCCUCUGGGAGGGGAAAGGCUCAGUCCACCAAAAUGGACUGGCCUGUAGAAAAAGUGUUGUCCUUGCCUUUCCCAUCGCCCCUGCUAAUUAUCUUUGGCAGGGCCUCAUCUGCUGCUGCCCCAAGUUUGGUAGCCACUGAGACACCUGCAUAAGCAGGCUGAAAUAUACCAUAUCUCCACCACUGGCAGAAUAUGGCAUCAUCCUGGCUACAAGAGACAAUGCUGUAAUUUCUCUACUGGCAAAUACAGAUGAUAGAUAGAUGGAUGGAUGGAUAGAUAGAUGAUAGAUAGCACUGCUGAGAUACCAAGGAAUACAUUAAUUUGCCCUUCACGUUAGAACAAGUGUGAUAUUUGAGAUCCAGAGUACCUGAAGCUCUGCUUGUGGAUGUGAAUGCAUCUGAGGUCCCCUGCAACAUAUUUCUUCAGGUAUUAUUUUUUUAGCUAGGCAAUUAGUGCCCCACUGGGAAGCCCUGGCAGCGUUCCAGUAAUGUUUAAUAAUGUUCAAGCUGGUCAUUUCUACUUGGCGGCAUUAUUGCCUUGAGCUAAAAUUUUCCCUUGGCCGUAAUCUGUCACCUGUAUGUGCCCUCAGUUGAAAAUUUUCCACACCAGAAAGAGAAUUAAUAGAGCUGCAGUGCUAUAGUUGCUGUCACCGUUUUAAAGGGAAGCUUCAGAAAAGAGUCAUUGCUUGCCACGUUUUAUUGGCCAAGCACGUGGAGUUAUUGCUUCUUGAAAAAUGAUACUCUGGCUUAUCAAGGCCUUUAUAAAUUACUGGACUGUGUAGCAAGCAUACUUUUUUCUGAUGGUUACUGUAUAUGAUGCCCCCCCCCAAAAAAAAUGGAAAUCUGUGGACACCCUUUCCAGAGAUUUAACCUGUCCUGGGACUUGAUGGUUAAGGGCAGAUACUAAAUUGAAAUAAUUAUAAUACGCUCCACUCUGAGAACACUUUGAUGGACAUGAAAAGGUGUUUCUGUGCAAAAUUUUCUGUCUACUCUUGAUUAUUCUAGUUGGAAAGAAGCAGAACACUUUGCAUAGCUUUAACCUAUAAACUUGCCCCCCCCCAGUACCUUCAGUAUCUCUGUCUUUCCUUUGUCCCUGCAUGAUCUCCCAACACUGACCUUGUAGCAGGUGGAACAACAAGAUUGUAAAAUAGUUAACCUAUUAAAAAAAGAUGCCAUGGAUUAAUCACUUGAUAUAUCAAGCACAGAUUUAAAAUGUGGGUGUUAAUGGAAGCAUUCAAAGAAUUUCUGGUUGUCAUUUACAUUCAUUCCUUUCUUAGGAGAAAUGGAAAAGCAAUAUACAAUAUUGACAAACUCGAGUGAUCGUUCAAACAAAUUAGGAAGGAUGUGUGGUCUUCCCCUCUAUACCUGUUGAGUUUUCCUAAUCAUUAUUUGUUCAGUUUUCUCACCCUGGCCCCAAUCCCCGGACUUGAUGCAGAUUUCUUUUAGUCUUGCUACAGAGUUUUUUCUUAAUAGAUUCAGCAGCAUUCUAACGAAUGCAUUAAAGCUGAAAAUAUUCAGAUUCUGAAUGAUCUGUGAGGCAAACUAGCAAAACCAGGCAAGUCAAUAGCUGACAUCUGUGGAGAGUCAAAUGAGGGAGAAACAAACUGCAGCCGGGUGCUGGAGGCAGUGGGACUCAGGAGUGACAGCAGUUUUGCCAGCGAUAUACUGCUGAGUGAAACCACCAUCAUGGUCUGCCUCUCAUACCAGCAGAGGGGAAAACAAUUGGCGAGGCACCGGUACAGCUUGUUCCUCCCACCGAUGCCCCAGGUCCCUAUGGCUUCCAUGAGAGCAGGAGGGGCAUGGGGAUUGCUCAGCUGGGGGGGGGGGGCGAGAGCCUUCUUGCGCCCCGGCUGGCCUUCUUGCUCGCGAGGAGGCAAACACACAGCCAGCCAGGCAGAGGGAGCCUCUCCCAUCUGCCUGGCUGGCUGCUUGUUUGCCUCCGUGGGAGCAAGUGGGUAGGCAGCUGGUCUUUUUCCUCCAGAGUUAUCCACCGGGAGGAAAGAGAUUGGAUUGCACCUCCCAGCUGAACAGUCCUGAUGCUUCUUGGGCUCAUGUGCAAGCCGGAGAAGGAUGGGGCUGCUCAGCUGGAAAGUGCGAAGCUGCUUCCUCCCUGGUGUGGUGAGGCACUGGGGUGAAACUGCCUCAGCGAUUUCACCUCCAUGCCUAGCAGUGCUGUGGUGGGAAGCAGUGUUUUGAACAUCACGGUUGAUCACCCGAUCACAAUGUUUGCCUGGCGAUAUAUUGCGAUGUGAACCUAGACAGCAUCUUAAAAAGCAGAGACAUCACCUUGCCAACAAAGGUCCGUAUAGUAAAAGCUAUGGUUUUCCCAGUAGUGAUGUAUGGAAGUGAGAGCUGGACCAUAUGGAAGUGAGAGCUUCAGUGAUGCUGUUUCUUAGGUGCCACUGUGGUCUAAAGGAUAGAGCUGAAAGAAGGCCCAGCUUCUGUCUACUGCAGGGAUGAAAAGGAUGUAUUUUGUGACACCCUUUAAACAGAUUUCACAAAGGGUACUUUACAUUAGCAUCUUAAAAAGCAGAGACAUCACCUUGCCAACAAAGGUCCAUAUAGUUAAAGCUAUGGUUUUCCCAGUAGUGAUGUGUGGAAGUGAGAGCUGGACCAUAAAGAAGGCUGAUCGCCAAAGAAUUGAUGCUUUUGAACUAUGGUGCUGGAGGAGACUCUUGAGAGUCCCAUGGACAGUAAGAAGAUCAAACCUAUUCAUUCUUAAGGAAAACAGCCCUGAGUGCUCACUGGAAGGACAGAUCCUAAAGCUGAGGCUCCAAUACUUUGGCCACCUCAUGAGAAGAGAAGACUCUCUGGAAAAGACCCUGAUGUUGGGAAAGAUGGAAGGCACAAGGAGAAGGGGACGACAGAGGACGAGAUGGUUGGACAGUGUUCUCGAAGCUACCAGCAUGAGUUUGACCAAACUGCGGGAGGCAGUGGAAGACAGGAGUGCCUGGCAUGCUCUGGUCCAUGGAGUCACAAAGAGUCGGACACGACUAAACAACAACAUAUUUCGAUGUUGAAAACCUGACAUCGCCUGGCCCUAGUGUGAGGGACACCUCAUGAAGAAGUGCCCAAUAUUUCCUCUUCUGUGUAAAAUUGCUGGUUACUAAAUCUGAGUAAGGCAGUAUACCUCAUUAUAAUAGUAAAGUACACCUCUUUUAUAGUGCAGAUCUAUUAGUAAAUACCCUAUUUCAGGUUUUGGCAAUUCAUAGUUCAGCAUAAUUUUAUUUGCGUUCUGGUCUAUUUUGAAAAGUUUGUUGAAUGUUAACUAAAAUCAUUUUUUCCCCUCAUUGUAAUGCACUGAAUUAAUGUAAUGCAUUGAGGCUGCAUGCUAAAUAUUAUAUUUGUAGUCUUUGGAAUUUUUAUUUUGCAUUUAUAUAGUGCUUUGCAGUGUUCACACAUAAACUAUGACAGUCAUUCUUACAACCACCUUUUAAGGUAUGUAUUUUUAAACCACGCCUUUGGGUGGUUGAGGCAGAGAAAUAUGGGCUAGCCUCAGACCACAAGUACAUUUGUGGCUGAGAUAAGAUUUGAAAUGAACUUUGUCGCCACUAUAAUAUGGAGGGAGAGUGAGGAACAGGAAUUCGGGGGCAGCUGGGAAACCUCAGAUGUACAGCCCUACAGAGACUCCUUUCUAGCUCCAGAAACCUACAUCAGCAGUUUGCUUUUGUCGACAGAUGGCUGCCAGAAGGCAUCCUUGCCAUUUUGCUUUGAUGACUCCAACAUAGUAUAUUUUGAUUUCAGUAAAGCCUUUGACAGGGUUCCUCAUAAUAUUCUUUUUGGCAAGCUGCUAAUAUGUGGGCUAGACAAUACUAUGAUUAGCUGGAUUUGUAGCUGGUUGAUUGAUCAUACCAAAAAAAAGUGCCAAGCAACAGCUCCUCAUCAACCUGGCCAGGGGUGGCUUGUGGGAACUACACGGCUCAACUUCUUUCUAAAUGAUUUGGACAAAGGAAUAAACCGUCAUAUUUUUUGCAGAUGGCAUCAAGCUGGGUGGGUUAGCUAGUGAAUUAGAAGACAGGAACUGAAUCCAAUAUGGUCUUGAGAGGGUGGAGAACUGGGUCAAACAAAAUUAAUUCUCUCAGAGAUAUGUAAACUUUUAGGCAGAAAGAGUCAGAUGCACAACUGGCUCAACAACAAUAGAACGCAAACUAACCAGCUCCGUGAUGCAGCAAAAAAAGGCUAAUGCAGUUCUCUGCUGCGUCCACAGAAGUGCAGUGUCCAGAUCACAAGAAGCCCAAUUGUUCUGUUGGGCUUGGUCAGACCUUACUUGGAGUACUGUGUCCAUUUCUGAGAACCACAGUUUAAAAACAUAGGCAAAUACCCAGUGGAGGGUGGCAGAUGGUGCGUGGCAUGAAGUGCUAGGAGGAAAGGAUGAAGGAGUGGAGCACUUUUGCCAUGUGUGGCUCCAGACAGUAUGGCCCAAAAGCAGCGGCUUCCAAUUACAAAACAGGAUUUCAUUUAAACAGCAGGAUGAACUUCCUUCGCGUAUGAGUUGACAGUGGAAUAGACUGCCUUGGAAAUGGCUAGGCUCUGUUUUGUUAGCCAUUUUUAAGCAGAGGGCAGGAUGGCCUCAUCCUAGGGAUGCUGUAGAUGUAGAUUUCCUGCAUUUGCAGGACUGGGUGGCCUUAGAAGCCCCUUCCAGCUUUAUUCUUAUUUGCCUUGGAAUGCAACUUUACUUUCAACAAAGCUAGGACUGUCACUGACUUUGGUUUUAUCUUGGAUACAAUGAGGCCCAGCGUGCUCCGGAAUAAGAGCUGAGAUUGCCAAUGAAAAUUGAAAUGAAACCGAUGACUAGGAGGGCAGUGGAGGGGCUGGGUGCAGCCACAAAAUGAGGAUGGCAUGUGUUGCUUUGAGAAGAUUCCCCAAGAGCUGCUCCUCCAACUUUCCCCCUUGUUGCAGCUGAUCAUUUGAUAGUGAGAUAAAGCGUUUCAUUGUUAGUUGUAUAUAUUAUAUAUGGACCCUCCGGAUACGAACUUAAAUUGUCCCGGGGGUCCAUACUUACCUGAAAAGUCCAUAUCCGGAGAUGCCGCUUCUGCACGCAGCGUGAUAGAGCACUUCUGCACAUGUGUACAUGGCAAAACCCGGAAGUAUACACUUCCGGGUUUGCCACGUUCGUAACUUGAAAUUAUGUUACCCAAAGGUAACGUAAACUGAGGUACCACUGAAUCUGUAUUGUUCAGCUAAAUAUGUGAAGUCCCGGGGAGAAAAAACUGGUGGGUUUCUCCCCCCGCCCCGCCCCCCCGACUUCUUUCCGUUUUUCCAACAGCAAAGGAAAUUUUGAAGGACACUGAAAAGGACACUGCUGUGAAAUAUGUUCCCUUUGGAAGGAAUGAAAUGCUUUUGGAAACAUUCAAAAUGUCUAGUGUGAAAUUUUUUAUGCAAGGCAGUUUUCAGCAUUGGAGAAUGGUAAUUCCUGUGUGUUCUAUGGAUCAGGGCUGGCUAACCUUUCUGGCCCAGGUGCCAACACUCUGGGGCUGCAUCCCAGCAGUGGGUAUCGCUGGCAUACACAAAUGCACUUGCUGAUACAGGGCUGCAGCUGCCAUGUAGACCAGCCGAGGUGGGGGUGAGUUCUCCCCACUCCUCAAACACCUGGGGAAGGUAUGAUUUGCAUCCCCCUGCCUGCUCCACUGCUAUGUCUUCUUCUUUCCCUUUCUGCUGCAGCUGCUGACACCAGUGGGGGCUUGAGGGACUGCAUUGGGACCCUCUGGUUGUUGACUGUGAGAACAGGACGUUGGGCUGGAUUAGCCAUUGGCACAUUGGCUCUUCUUACCUUCCUCCACCUCUGCAUUAGGCGGAUGUGAUCUACCCCCCCCCCCCAUAUACGUGAAGAAUUGUAAAGUGCUACAUAAAUGCAAGGGACGCGGGUGGCGCUGUGGGUUAAACCACAGAGCCUAGGACUUGCUGAUCAGAAGGUCGGUGGUUCGAAUCCCCGUGACGGGGUGAGCUCCUGUUGCUCGGUCCCAGCUCCUGCCAACCUAGCAGUUCAAAAGCACAUCAAAGUGCAAGUAGAUAAAUAGGUACCGCUCCGGCGGGAAGGUAAACGCCGUUUCUGUGCACUGCUCUGGUUCGCCAGAAGCGGCUUAGUCAUGCUGGCCACAUGACCCGGAAGCUGUACGCCGGCUCCCUUGGCCAGUAAAGUGAGAUGAGCGCCACAAUCCCAGAGUCAGCCACGACUGGACCUAAUGGUCAGGGGUCCCUUUACAUAAAUGCAAAACAUUGAUAUUGAUGGGAAGCAAUUUUUUAAAAUCUGGCUUCAAAACCUUGGUGGUUGGUGUGCAGAAUUUGGAUCAAUCUGUUACAGAAUCCUAUCUCAUCUGUGCUGAGUGGCUGUAUUACUUUCAGUCUUAUAGUAAUAGUGAAAAACUUUCCUCCCCCCCCCCCCCCCCUUCGUUCAGUUGUUGCAGUUGGUUGAAUCGGAUAGCUCUCGACUGGAAGCCUUUCUCAAGUGGAAGCUCCUGGAACCAGUUUACUGGCAUUGGAUGGUAUGAUUAAAUACUUGAGGGACAAGUUGUGUACAGUGGUGCCUCGCAAGACGAAAUUAAUCCGUUCUGCGAGUCUCUUCAUCUUGCGGUUUUUUCGUCUUGCGAAGCACGGCUAUUAGUGGCUAUUAACGGCGUAGCGGCUUUAAGAAAAAGGAAAAGAACUCGCAAGACGUUUCGUCUUGCGAAGCAAGCCCAUAGGGAAAUUCGUCUUGCGGAACGACUCAAAAAACGGAAAACUCUUUCGUCUUGCGCGUUUUUCGUCUUGCGAGGCAUUCGUCUUGCAAGGUACCACUGUAUUGUUUUUCUGGGGGUGGGGGAAAUGUUACACAGGUAUAUUUUCCUGGCCUUUUGUUCCAGCUGGUGAUAGCCAGCAAGAGUUCCUGCUUAAAAGGUGGAGAAGAUUAUCAUUAUGAAUAAAAACCUCAUUAAAAGCUAGGCAAUGUACAAUGCUUGCUUUAGAUCUAAGACAGUAUUUGUGGUGGAAGCUUAUGUUAAGGCCUAUGACAGUGCCUGGGCUGCCCUCUUUGCUGAUGAGAAUGUCAAAGCAGUAAUGUAAACUUGGUUCUUGUAAGUCUUGCUCCACUCCAAAACAUUCUCUGGCUCAUUUGGCACCAUGCCUGCUCUCCUUCCCUGCUAUGAUAAAUGUAACUCUCAAAUUAGGAGAUCUUGCUUCAAACCACAUGUAUUCCAUAUUUUUUGUGGACUUACGAGUAUCAGUGAAAGAGAGCUUCCUAAGAACUCCCUGUGCUGCUUAAUUUUAUCUCAGUUGCAAUGCUGGACUUUGGCUGACAGGAGCAAAGCGCCAUGCCAUACAUCUGCAGUAAUUGUAAAUGAAAGAAAUGUCUGUUCUUCUCCUUUUGUACUUUUUAAAAUAUGACAGUAUAAACGUUGCUGUAAACAAAAUGCCUUCAUUACAAACUGCAGGGCACUAAAUUUUGUGAGCCACUAGAAUUGCAGUCAGGUAGCAUUGUGGAAUUGCAGAUUUCCCUGGACAGUGUUGAAUGAUUUUAAGAAUCAAUAAAAUCCUCUUUGCAUCUGAUGAAGGCUUCAAGAGCAAAUACAUAAAUAAUAUAACCAUUCAGCACAUUUAACAGCUGCGGAAAAUAUUCCUUAAAGACAAUGUGUUGACAGAAUGAGUAUUUGGAUUCUGUUCCCAUGUAGCAAAGAGGUUAGAAAUUUUUCUAUAAAGUAGUUCAAAACCCACAAAUGCAUUUGCACUGACUUGCAUAGGAGCCGAUAACACUUUUGCGCACUGACUUGAUCACUGGUGAAAUUGUGCAACGUUUCCAGAUAUUCUAGAUUCCAGACCUGGAGCUCUUCCAGCUCUGCUCGAAUCUUUUAAAUAUUUGCAGUAAAUUCAGCUAGACAAGUUCUAUAGCAAGCAGCUGUUUUUGCAAUAUGUUAAUCAGCAAUAUAAUCCCUUAAUGCAGAAAUGGUGUAGUAUUCUAAGGUUUUUCUCCCUCUUUUUAAAUUUAGCAAGGUUAGGAAUUUUAAUUUUGGGCAAUUCUUUUUAAAGUGAUGUGUCUGUGUUUCCUUCCAACACAGCCAUUAACAAAAGGAUCAGAAGGUGGUGUGGUUUUAGUUGUUGUGACAGAGAUUUAAGAAGUCUUGCAUCUGCUUUUCUUGCAAAGUCUCUCCCGACACACACAGUUUUUUACUCUUAUGGGGUACCAGUUUCCAUUUGCAAGUGCCUAAACAAAUCCUUUUGCUAGGAAUAAGCAACUUUUCUGUAUUCUCUGAGAAUAGAAUAUGUUGCUCAAGAACUGCAUACCAUUUCACAAACAGAGGUUGGAUAUAAAGUUAACCUGGCUUGUUUAUCUGUUGCACCAGUCUCUAGACAAAUGUGGCAAUAAGUUCCUCAUUAAGAAAAAUUAAUACAGCUUUGGAAUUCCCCUCCUUCCACCUUCCAGGAGACCCUUUUCAGUCCUGAAACAGAAGAUGCAAAACCCCACAACACAUUUAACAAGGACACUAUUUUGCCAAGUGCUGAUCUGUAUUGUUACGGCAUUAAGAGAACAAUUCAAGAACUGGACAGAUACAGGAAAGAUCUGUUGACUCUAUAUGAUGGGCUGGGUGAGCUUAUAGCCUACAGGAAACUGAGCUGCUGUGGAACGGUAAGGGUUGAUUUGGGGGCCUGUUAGAAAUCUAGACAGAUUGAUAUCAUAAAACUAGACUGAUUGAUUUCAGAACUCUGUAUUUAUGUUUUUAGCCUGUUAAUAGAAAUCGUAACAAUAUGCCUGGGGUCCUGUUUAUAAAGACAACAAGGGUUUCAUUGAGCUCUGUUAAUUAACUAAGACUGACAAAAUAAAACUCUGUUCUCUCAUUGCUCUUUUAGAGCACAUAUUAUCAGCUGAGUUGUCCUUUCCUCUUCGCAGGUCCGAGCAAGAGAGCAGGAGGAGCUAGGAGAGAGCGAGUUUUGCAUGGCUGUCAAAAAAACACAAGACGUCGUGGAGCUGAAGCUGUCUGAUCUGAAUUGCCACAGUAGUGGCAAUAGAAUCGGUGCGAUGCAUGGACCAUACAGACUUGUAUUUAAAAGCAAGUGUUUAAAGACCAGCAAAACGGUCAGGUCAGCAAAGCCCCAGAAAUCCAUCGCAGAAGGUGCAACAGCAACAGAUGUGAUCAGGGAUCUGAGAAAAAAAGAAGCAAGGCUGAAAGCAGAGCUGAAGCGGAGACAGGAAGAAGGCAGGCAGAAGGCUUAUGAAGCUGCCCAAGGACUCGGCCAGGUGCUUUGCAUCCCACCCAUGAAAAGAGCACAAACCAGAGAUGCCGACUGAAUAUAGAAGUUGGUGCUGUUCAUUAGCUUUGAAGGGACAGUCUUGGGCCUUUCAUGAGGCUGUUGUCCAUGCCUGUUCCUAUCUUCUAGGAGCAACUAUGUUGUCUAUGAUUACUGUGAUUUUUUGCAUCUUGGGUUUUGCUGUAGAAUGAGUGUGUGUGUGUGUGUGUUAGAGAGAGAGAGAGAAUAAAAUUAAUACUACAUUUUUAAAUAUAUAAAUGUGGUUUUUCAAAUUACAGUUUUACAAUCACAUAUCCAGCAUAAAUACAAGAUUCCAAAGAAUCUCCUGGACUUCCCUUAUCCCCUUUGUGGAUCUUACUGUUAGUCAUUUCCUCCUACAUAUUUUAUAAUAAUCCAAAUCUUUUACAGCUGCAUUAUAUCCAAAAUUCACCAUUAAACUACAAGUGUUAUUCCAAUCCUGCUAACAAUUUUAUCUGCUUACAAUGGUUUUGUUAAAAAUUUUCCCCAUUCUUUAUUUAAAUUUUGGUCUUCCUGAUUUCUGAUUCUUCCGGUCAUUUUUGCCAUUUCGGCAUAAUCCAUCAACUUAAUCUUAAGCAGAAAAUUAAUAUUACAUUUAAUUAACUACUUAAUUGAUAUAAUGACUGAAUUAAUGUUAGCAGCGGUCUGCAGGCAGGAGUUCCCUUUACUUUCUCGUGUGUGUAUCUGUCAUUCAGUGCUCGGUUUCAGUGGAGAUAAAGCAGCCCUCAACCAGGCAGAGGGCACUAAAUUGCCGUGUUAAAUAUACAGACAAGAGGUGUUAGUUGUAAAAGAAGGGGUGGGUACCAUAAGCAGCUUUGCUUAAACUAAUGUAAAGUUUUGUUGUCGUUUAGUCGUGUCCAACUCUGCGUGACCCCACGGACCAGAGCAUGCCAGGCACUCCUUUCUUCCACUGCUUCUCGCAGUUUGGUCAAACUCAUGCUGGUAGCUUCAAGAACACUGUCCAACCAUCUCGUCCUCUGUCGUCCCCUUCUCCUUGUGCCCUCCAUCUUUCCCAACAUCAGGAUCUUUUCCAGGGAGUCUUCUCUUCUCAUGAGGUGGCCAAAGUAUUGGAGCCUCAGCUUUAGGAUCUGUCCUUCCAGUGAGCACUCAGGGCUGUUUUCCUUAAGAAUGAAUAGGUUUGAUCUUCUUGCUGUCCAUGGGACUCUCAAGAGUCUCCUCCAGCACCAUAGUUCAAAAGCAUCAAUUCUUUGGCGAUCAGCCUUCUUUAUGGUCCAGCUCUCACUUCCAUACAUCACUACUGGGAAAACCAUAGCUUUAACUAUAUGGACCUUUGUUGGCAAGGUGAUGUCUCUGCUUUUUAAGAUGGUAAUGUAAAGUACCCUUUGUGAAAUCUGUUUAAAGGGUGUCACAAAAUACAUCUUUUUCAUCCCUGCAGUAGACAGAAGCUGGGCCUUCUUUCAGCUCUAUCCUUUAGACCACAGUGGCACCUAAGAAACAGCAUCACUGAAGCCCUUUGGAAGGGGCCACCAUUGAAGAUGGGAAGUACUGGCAACAAUGAGCAUGGCCGUGAUCCAUUGGUUUCAGUGGAUCCAUUCUGAGUAUGACUUGGUUGGAUGCCAUCCGUCGCUUUUAAGUUCAGGAAGAAGACCUUUAUCCCAACUGUGGAAGUGGCAUGUCAGGCAGCAGAGUGUGAUCAUGUUUAACAUCAUAUAAAUAGGCUGUUUUAUUUGCGUUGGUUCUGUGGGUGUCCUCAAGAUAGUACUUUCCUUGCAGUAGCACUGAAUGUUGGGGAAAUGAAGACAUAUUUUUUUUCUACUGGGAAGAUGGAAUUCAUUCUCUUAGUAGUGUAUCCAGUAUUGUGAAUGCUCUGCAAAACGUGGUCCCAAAGCAUUCUGCACACACACCCAUACACACCAGUAAUGAGAUAUUAUGCUACUGUUUGUAGACUGGAGCAGUUGUAAAUAUAACAUUAAAAUGAAAGCUCCUUAAGAACAAAAGAAGCUUAAAGUGCCUUAGAAGUGAACAAAGAUAACAGAUACAGUGGUACCUUGGUUCUCAAACUUAACCUGUUGCAGAAGUCCCUUUGACUCCUGAAACGUUCGAAAAUCAAAGUGUGGCUUCCGAUUGGCGCCAGCGCCCCAGAAACAAUAGCUGACAGCCACAUCAGAUGUUUGGCUUCCGGAAAACGUUCUAAAACCAGAACACUUCCGGGUUUUCAGCAUUCAGGAGCCGAUUUGUUUGUCCAUUAAGCCAUUCGAGAACCAAGGUUCCACUCAGGGCAAGAAGCCUAGAAUAAAAUUUAAAAUACUAACGGACACAAAGGAAAGAGGUGGAUUUGCCCUGCCAGACCUUAAACUUUAUUAUGAAUCAGCAGCUUUUUGCUGGCUGAAAGAGUGGCUACUUCUUGAAAACACAAGACAUUUUGGAUUUAGAAGGUUUUAAUAAUGUAUUUGGAUGGCAUGCAUAUUUGUGGUAUGAUAAGGUCAAAGCACAUAAAGCAUUUAAAAAUCAUAUUGUCAGGAAAGCAUUGUUUAAUGUCUGGAUAAGAUAUAAGGACCUACUUGAAAAUAAAACCCCAAGGUGGUUGUCACCGAUGGAAGCGAAGGCUCAGAAAAAGCUCAAUAUGGAGGCCAAAUGGCCGAAAUAUUGGGAAAUUUUGGAACAAGAGGGAGACAAAUUGAAACUGCAGAGUUUUGAAAAACUAAAAAUAAAGUGCGAGAUUGGCUUCAUUAUUAUCAGAUAAUGGAGGCAUAUAAUUUGGAUAAGAAAAUUGGCUUCCAGGUGGAAAAAUCAAAAUUGGAAACAGAACUGUUAGACUCCAAAACCAAGAUUUUGUCAAAGAUGUAUAACUUGCUGUUGAAAUGGAAUACUCAGGAUGAAACGGUGAAAUCUGCUAUGAUUAAAUGGGCACAAGAUGUUGGACAUAACAUAAUGAUGGCUGACUGGGAACAGUUAUGGACCACAGGUAUGAAGUUUACGGCAUGUAAUGCCUUAAGAAAGAAUAUUAUGAAAAUGAUUUACAGGUGGUACAUGACACCAGUCAAGCUUGCAAAAAUCUAUCAUUUGCCCGAUAAUAAAUGUUGGAAAUGUAAAGAAACUGAAGGUACAUUCUUUCACCUUUGGUGGACGUGCCCAAGGAUUAAGGCUUUCUGGGAGAUGAUUUAUAAUGAAAUGAAAAGGGUAUUUAAAUAUACCUUUCUGAAGAAACCAGAGGCCUUUCUCCUGGGCAUGGUUGGCCAAUUGGUGUUAAAGAAGGAUAGAACUUUCUUUAUGUAUGCUACAGCAGCAGCAAGAAUACUUAUCGCAAAGUAUUGGAAGACACAAGAUUUACCCACUCUGGAAGAAUGGCAGAUGAAGGUGAUGGACUAUAUGGAACUGGCGGAAAUGACUGGCAGAAUCCGAGACCAGGGAGAAGAGUCGGUGGAAGAAGAUUGGAAGAAAUUUAAAGACUAUCUACAGAAAUACUGCAAAAUUAAUGAAUGUUAGAAUGAUGUUGGAUUGAAGUUAAGUGGUUUUUAGCAGCAAUGUUAUAAAGGAAUAUGUAAAAAUGGAUUGUUAACAGGUGAUAAUCUGAAGUUAUAAUAUAUUAAGAUAAAAGAUUAAGAUAAAGUCAAAGAGGGAAAGAAUUUGCUGAAUUAACUAAUUUGAACUGGAAUACAAAAAAGGGAGGUGUGAGGAGGUCAGGGAAACAAGCAAAUGAAAGAUAAGAUAUGGAAAGACUGAUCUGUUUUUUAACUGUUUUUAUCUUGUAUUUUCAUUUUCUAUUUUUUUCUCUUUUUUUCUUUCUUUUUUCGCUUAUUUUUGUAAUAUGUUGAAACUUUAAUAAAUAUCUUUUUUU